CCAUUUAGUCUUUUGCUUACCGCCGUUCGAAUUGGGUUGUGUUUUCGUCGGAGUUUUCGUCCACCGUCAACCGAAUGUUAUGCAGGCAGUUGUAUAGUGCUCUGUCGAAAGAAGAUUGUCAUGUCAAUAGGAAAGGGGCGCGUGGCUCAACAGUUGCCGUGUUUAUUUGCCAUUAAGCUGUCUUCUAGCAUCAGUGUAUCAUAGGUUAAAACUGUUAGUAUUUUGCACUCAUACUUGUUCGGUGUGUCUUACUCAUAUUCAAGUUGAAUUCGAUCAACAUUUUGCGGGCGGUGGUUUCACUUACCCACUCUUCAAUAGCAAUAAUUUUUAAAGAUUGAUGUGUAAACGAUCCGCACUAGGCUGCCAUCGUAAAAUCAUGUUACGGAAAAUGUCUCAUGCUGAGUGAAUCCGUUUCGCAACGUUAUGUGCUAUACCACAUGCUGUGGAUUCCUGAAUGGUAUACUGUAGUAGAGGGUAGCUAAAUUUAGCUAAUCAGUGAUUGUCAUUGGCCACCCGAUGAUGUAAGGUUUUCCUCUAAAUAAGAAUUAUCGGAUACGGUGGUUCUUGCGUGCACAUGGAGUACGCCCUUGAACGGGUUCACCGUGUAACAUUCGAUUAAAUUUUUCUGGCAAUUCGAUUUAUCCCGCUAAACCGAAUUACUUGCCGGCAUAAGACAUUCUCGUACUGAAUUCAUCAUUCCAUAGUAAAACUAUCUUCCACUUCCAGUCACGGUCUAGACAGCCUUAAAUAACUAGAAUCAUGCAGCUUUCCAACUAAGAUUUAUACCGACGCUGUGUACCUUAUAGAUGUAGUGCAUCCCAGAGCUGUGGUUUCUACGUAUACUUAAACAAAGUAGGACAUAAAAUGCGCGCAAAAACCGGCACACUCGAUGAAAUUAGAAAAUCGAUCGCCGAAUCGGAUGAUGAGGCAACGCGAUCGUCAUCUGGAGGAGGCUCGAGUGCAGCCCAAAGAAAGAUAGAUUUAAGUUUACUUCGUAAGCCAAUUCUGACUGCUGUCACCGGCUUCUUAGAGGCACAGAAGGCCUACCAAGCCGGAACGGACGAGAUCCGAAAACUGUUGACUAGCGAAUGCGAUGUUCUGUAUGAGUGUCGCGUUUGUCGGAACAUUUUUCGCAGUUUGACCAAUUUUCUAUCUCAUAAGCGAGUUUAUUGUCGAAAGCUAUUCAAUGCAGCGCAACAUUUUCACUAUCAGAAUGAUGGGUUUUUAGAUCAAGAUAUUGCCACCAUUCUACAAGCGGAGCAGGAUAGUCAACGCAAAGCGAAAAAGGUUCACGCGGACGUAUUGAACAAAGAUCUUUCCAGUAUAAUCGAACGACUUAGACGAAAUCAAAACCGAUUUCAACCGGAAUCAACAUUGACUGAGUAUUACGAUAAGAUUAAUCAUAAACUAACACAAUGUGAUCUCAACCGGCAGCAGCAUCUGCUCCUAUUAGAACAGAUUCCAAAUUCACAGACAGCCGUUUAUCAAACGAUUCGAAAUAAUAGCGUUGCAGAUAACAUGCGCUCCCAGGUUCAUGAAUUGGAAAAUCUGGUCAGCAACGAUAAUACCGUUCUGGGACCGGACGGUAAGGUAGUGGAAUCUACAGUCAUACCACCGCUGGCAUUGCCGGUCAUUUAUGAUCCUUCGAAUCAAUACUUUCAACCGAUCGAACUAGGAAGUCGUAGCAAUGGUGACGAAGUACAGCACAACACAAACAGUGGCGAAAACCCAACGGUGUAUCGCUGCCAGGAAUGCAAUCUACAAUUUGAUACGAAAAAUAUGCUCACACUGCAUAUCGAAAUGAAACACACACCUUCAACAUUCGUUUAUAGUUGUCCAUCAUGUACGCGAACCUUCUUGCAGCCGGGAUCCGUUAUACGGCACUUAAGCAACGAUCAUAAGAAGUCAAUGCGUCGCAUCAAGCAAAUGCGAGAUGCAAUUUUGAAACGUCGCACCCGCAUCGACGAAGUAGUAGUAAAAGGCUCUUCCCGUGAAGUGUCGCGUCUGCUGCAAUCAUCGUCCGCAGCGUCUAACAAGAGCUAUUCGGCAAAUCGCACGGCUUUUGACGAACAACGUGAUGAAGCUGCAGCCACUCGUGCCUGGAUGGAAAAUUUGGAACACUUUGACCAGGGACCAAUGUGUUCUUACUGUGGGAAAACGUUUGACCGUAAAGCCGUACUGAGUACGCAUAUGCAAACUUGUGCGCAGAAAAUUCGUCAAACUGAUAACGGUGCUUCGUCAGUUCCGCUUUGCUCCGCGACGCCUUCGACAUCUGGUAGACGCAGUAAGGCGAAAAAUGUCUCCCCACAAUUGACAGUGAAAAUCAAACAGGAACCAGUUGAUCCACCAGCCAGCGAUGACUCAAAUUCGUUUGAUGUAUCACUUUUGACGUUACAAGCUCAAAUAGAUCCGGAAACAAGGAGCGAUGGUGGUAGUAAACUAGAAAGGGUACUUACGAUCAAGCCUGAAGAGCUUGGUUUGCUUAGCAGCAGUGAAGAAAAUAAUCGGCGAAAGAGAAAGAAACCAACAAUAAUGCUAAGAAAUGCCAGUGAUGAUAUUAGUUGGGAAAUCGAUGAAAUAGAACAAAAAUCUAUGGAAAUCUGUAUUAACCCUUUCAUGCAAAUUAAAGAGGAACCUAUGGAUGAACCUAUGGAAAUUAAACCACCGAAAGCAAAACGUGGACCAAGAAAUCGGAAAAAACAAUCACCAGAAGAAGAGAUUACUGAUAAGGAAAUGAAGGAACGCUUUGAAAUAGAUGGCAACAUAAUUUGUAGAUGUAGUAAACGAUAUGAUGAUCCUGAAAAGUACAAACGUCAUCUGCGAGUGUUCCACAGCAGACAGCGACGCUUUUGGUGUGCAGUGUGUGAUUUCAAGGGUUACCGAAAAAUAGACACCGUCAAUCACUUGAUGCAGGAGCAUAACUAUAAGGGCGAUCAAAAUGAUAUAAAUUCUUUGAUAAACGUCCAGCCUAUAGAAAAAAUAGAAAAUAUAUCUAUUGAAAACAAUCACAAUCUGUCAAAACAAUCAAUUGAAUCUGUAAUUGAAGCUGUGAGUCAAAGCUGUGAUACCAUUUCUACGGACAUAUCCUUUGCUGAAUUCAGUGCUGGAAACAUUUGUUCUAGUGUCUUGAAUUCUACAAGUAUAUCUCAUGAAGUGCCAUCGCUUGAAAGUGAGUUCCCAUUGAAACGGAGUCGUGCUCGAGUCACCCAAGAAAUUACAUCGCCUUUGGAUGUUUCGAAGGGUAAAUCAAAAAACAGUACAACCGAAGACGACAACUCUAGUCCUACCUCGAAGCGGCCUACGCGAAAUCGCGUGAAACCCGUAGAUAAAGAUUUCGUUUACGAUCUGACACAUUUGCUCCACAAAGAGGAAGAUUUGGAUGACUUCCCGUUGCCAGAAUUGAUCCACGAUAAACAGAUUACUCCGACCAAAUCGAAGGCCGCAUCGAAUCGCCGGGCAUCAAUAGCGAUUACACCAGACAAACGAGAUACGAAACGAGAAAUUCUCAGAUCUCAUGCUCCAAAACUAAAACAUUUACCUACUGAACUAGUUAGCGGUGCUGCCUAUCAGAUGGCCAAGAAACAGGUGGACCUUGGGUUGGCCUCGUUCUUCCGCCUUCCUGCUAUCCCUCAGGAACGUACUACCUUCGUUCCUGCAAAAAAAAUAUCUCCCCAGAAAAAACGUCCCGUGACAACCAUUCACGAUUGGCCAGUAGUAAAAAAAGAUCGUAAAAUCGGGUCUAUUGUCAAGCAAUCAGCGGAUAUACAAAUCAACCACAAGUAUACGAAACGUGCCUCAGCGUUAACCAACUCCAUUCUACCGGAACUGAUCCGCGAAAAACGCAAAACCAUUCCUCGACGGAAUAGUGUCGUUCCAUUGCCGCAAAAAAUGUCCGCUUCGAUCGAAAUCCUUAACAAAUUGAAUGCUUCUCGAAGUGCUGCAGGGCUGGAUGUUUUACAGUGGAACGAUUUUCCAGCAAAGAGGCAAUAUCCCACGGCAGCUGAGUUCAAACGAUAUAUUGAAGCCAAUCUCAAAGAUCAUCAGGCUAAAAUGUCCCAAGUUAAUGCUAAUGGUACUACUGCGAUAGAUCCGAGGGAGCAAGCCAUGCCACGGAAACGUAUUACUCUGAUGCAACGGCUGGAACAGAACCGAAAUAAGCGGCUUCAGCAAAAUGGUACUCCGGUCGCAUCGGAUCAAAAAACUACCAAAUAAGACACCAUCGAGUGGAACUUCCAAUUCUAAUAAUGUGACAGAAUUUCUUCAAACCAAAUUGAAACGGUUUUCUUCGAUGUGAACAAAAAUUCAGAUGGAUUGAUUUCUCCCAAAAGAAUUGACAUAGCCGAAAGCAUUAGUUAUUUGCAUUAGACUUUUAUUUAAAAUCGUCUUUCAAGGAAUAUUGUACUAAAAACUGUAGUGUAGGUGUAAGAGAGCCACGUUGGUCUUUAAACUUGCACGCUCUGUUGCUGCAAUCGUGCACGGUUUUUAAUCUGUUAUUCCGUUGAGUUGUGUGCGUUUGUAUUUCAACUUGUAAACUAGCUUUUUUUUCUUGAAACUUGUGGCAUUUGACCUAUUUAAUCACGAGCGUCUCCGAUAGAAUUAAAUAAUUACCAUUCGAAAGAUGUUUAUGAAUUGAGGAAAACCUGUAAUCUUGUUGAUCAUUGAUCAUUGAUGUUAAUGAAGUAAAAUCUAGUUUUAAUCCUGAGAGCGUCCGGUUUUGCAGAGCAAAAUAGGGCGUAUUAUAACAAAAGACAACCAAACGUGUAUUAAUAAAACUGAACCAAACUUU